AUGAUGACUGAAGUCACAUUAAACCAAGAAGAUCACUCUUACAUGUUUGAUGAUGAUGAUGAUGAUGAAUCCACACCAGUCAAGGCUUGUAGCGAGUCGGGUUAUCAUGUCACACUCACAACAGAUGAAACAAUCAAGAAGCUGAAAGUGCAAAGAGAGACACGCUAUGCUGUUAAGAGACGUCGAAUGUUACAGUUCAAAGACCAGCCUCUGGAAACAACUCUUUUCAGCAGUGAGAGUUUCUCUUCAAUCUUAAGAUCAAGCGCUAGGGAGGAAACAUUUGAUGAGCUUAUAGAAGAUGCUUCUGCCUCAAGCUUCAAUGGCCUUGAUCUGUAUGCUGACUACAUAAAUGAUGCCGAAACACCAACUCUACCUGAUGACUUAAGCUUUGAAUCCAAUGAUGUCCAUGUAGAUAUUUCAGAGUAUCUAAAUCUGCCACCAGAAACAGAAACUAAGGAAGUUAGGAGGCCAGUGACUCGUUCUUCUCCAAAUGUUAUAUUUAAAGCAGGUAGAAAAUAUAGUGCAAGACCAGUUCCAAAACUAGCAUCGUCUAUCAUCUAUCCAUUUGCAUUUAUCAAACCGAGCGGUGUUCAUGGUGACAUGACUCUCAAGGACAUAAACCAGAUAAUCCAAACUCCACCAGCAAAACCAAAGGAAAACAAAGCAGAGCCUCCAGUGUUACAAACUUCAGCAUUCUCUGGCAAACCUGUAGUUGGAAAGACUAAGAUCCACACAGAAGGUGGUAAAGGAAGCAUCACAAUAAUGAGGACUAGAGGCUAAGUUAUAAGUUAAGUAGAAAGUAUUAGUCAGAAAAAAAACAUUCUGUCUUAUUCUCUGAGGCCCUUGAAUGUUUUUUACCGGAUAUAGUUCCAGUCAAGGGGCAUUAAUCAUGUUCUUGUUAUGUUUUGUUUUGGUAUAUCUCUAGUAAGAAAGUGGAAGUAACCAAUGCCAAUGUCGUAGGAUAUCUUAUCUGUCUGUAUAAAGUCUCUGGUUC